CAACCCAGUCGGCAGAGAGUGUUAACCACUAUAACUGUUCAUCAUGGCUUGCAAGGUAUCGGGAACGGCGUUUAUCACGGGAGGUGGAAAUGGCAUUGGCAAGACCACCGCCUUCACGCUUGCCCAGAAUGGAAUCGAAGCACUAUCUCUCUUGGAUGUGAACGAGGUACUCCUCCAACGCACUAAAAAUGAGCUCGCUACCUCACAUCCCAAUGUUGCAGUGGAAAUUACGGUUGGAGACGUCUCCAAGGAGGCAUGCGUGGAUGAAGCCGUGCGCCGCACUGUCGAGCGAUUCGGUCGCAUUGAUAUCUCGGUUCACUGCGCCGGGAUUGUGGGGCAACCGAGCGCGACCCAUGAGCUGACGGCAGCAGAAUGGCAGAGGGUGAUCGAUAUUAACCAGACCGGGGUGUUGCUCUGCCAAAAGGCUGUGAUACGCCAGAUGCUGACACAGGAAUCGCGCGGUUUGCGUCUCGGUCGGGGGACGAUCGUGAAUAUGGCUUCUAUGUUUGGGGUAGUGGCUCCGGGGGGUUGGUCAGGACUGUCGGCCUAUACAGCUUCCAAGCAUGCUGUGGUUGCUUUCUCAAAAAUGGACGCCAAAGCGUACAUUCAACAAGGGAUACGCAUCAACGCUAUCUGUCCUGGAUACACGGACACUGAUUUGAUCCGCACGUAUUGGGAUGCGGGAUUCAUGGAGCCAGACGCGCAGCGAGUCGCUAUUGGCCGUAGGGCACAACCGGAGGAGAUCGCCGACGCACUCCUGUUUCUGGCCUCCCCGAUGAGCAGCUACAUGGUAGGCUCCGCCUUGGUCGUCGAUGGCGGUUACACGGCUUGAGCGCUUUGAGCACUGAGGCUUCUUGAUCUACCUACGUACAGCACUGGAUCAAUACCAUCGCCGAUCGGUCUUCUCAACGGAGGGAUUAAGAGCAACUAAAUUAAACUAAACCAGCAUCGCAGUCAUGUGUAUAUACAAAUCAUCAAUCAUAGUCGGACCUGGACCUUUGUGGAAUCCCAUCCGGCUGAGCUCUGCGGAGCAGGCUCGUAGUCCACAUAGUGGAAUGCGUUAUCCUCAAAGGGUCCAUAGAACCGCGUGCGAUCAUAAGGUGCAAAGGAAAUGCCCCUGCGCAGUCUCUCCACCAAGUCCGGAUUGCUCGUGAAGUACCGUCCAUAGAGGAGACCAUCGUACUUCCCGGCCUCCAGGACGCCCCAAGAAUUGGUC